UUUGGAGUAUUUAAUCGUUAUCGAAGGCAUCUUUGUUUACUAUUGGUCAAUGGCGGGUGUGCGGGUGGGCGCGCUGCGGCUGCUGCGGGACUACAGCUCCGACAGCGACGACGACUCGGGCUACACCAGCGAGGACGAGCGGAAGAGGAAGCAGGAGUUCAUCAGCCCGCACGAGAGGAAGAAGAAGCGGCGGAGAGGCGAGGAGGAGGAGGACAUGCUGGUGGACACUCCCUGCGCCGCGCCCUCAGACUCCUCCUCCUCCUCCUCUCCGCCCGCGCCCGCCCCUGAGGCACAGGGCGUGGGCGUGGCGGCGGGCAGGGGCGCCGCUCCCCCCCAGCGACACCACCACGCCCACAGAAACAUCCCACUGCCAGCUGACCUCCUGCUGAGCCGGGAAGGUCACACCGAUGACCCUGCCCACCACCAGGGUCGGGUCAGGAGCUUCGCACACGAGCGAGGGAACUGGGCAUCCAUCCUCUACAUUCCCCUUCAUCUGGGUGUCUAUGAGCCAAGCUUCAAGUCUUUGGUGAGCUCGCUGGUGUCCACGUGCCGCCAACACAACCUGAGCCUCACGCCGGCGCCCGAGCUGCACGUCUCCCUCUCCCGCACCCUCGUCCUGCACCUCCACUGGAUACACCCUCUCACCCAGGACCUGCGGCAGCGGCUGGGGCAGAUACCCAGGUUUGCCAUGUGGCUGCACGGGCUGAGUGUGUACGUCAACGAGGAGCAAAGCCGCACCUUCCUGGGCCUACGGGUGUGUCACGGCCGCACAGAGUUGGACGAGCUGGUGGCUGAGGCAGACAAGUGCUGGGCCGACUACAGGCUGCCGCCCUUCUAUAAGGAUGGCUCGUACCACGCCAGCAUCGCCUGGUGUGUGGGGGACGCCUCUGAGCCGCUGCGCCGCCUCCUGCCCCAGCUGGAGAACCUCUGCAGCCAGUACUUUGCAGUGGAGACGGACAUGCGUACCUUUGACGUCCCUCAGCUGCUCUUCAAGACAGGGAACAGAAUCCAUACGGUGCACCUACGAUCUCAGGAGAACUAGUACACACACACACGCACAGACACGCACACAGAGAAACGCACACAGACACGCACACAGAAACGCACACACACACACACACACACAUAUACUCUUUAUUGGAGGGAUCUGGCUGGUAAUUAAGAGCCCAGCAUGUGAUCAGACUGUAGGUGAAUGAUACACACACACACACACACACACACACACACACACACACACACACACACACACACACAUUUAUCUCUGUUUUCCUCUUUUUCUCUCUCUCUCUCUCUCUCUCUCUCUCUCUCUCUGAUAUAUAUAUAGGGCAUACAAGGGUCUUUUUAGUGCAUAUAUAUGACCUACCUCGCCCCCCCCCCCCUUACACCCCCCAAACACACACACACACACACACACAAACACACACACACACACACACACACACACACAAGAGAAUAAGUUAACGUAUGUGUGUGUAAAUAUCUAUAGUAAAUAUCGUGAGGUCAUUGUCAUUAUUACUAUUAUUAUUAUCAUUAUUAUUAUUAUUAUUAUUAUUAUUAUUAUUAUUAUUAUUAUUAUAGGGUAGUUUUUCAUUUGUUUAUCUUUUGUUUCUUCAUUCUCGCCAAUCGCUCCUGUUCAGGGUUGCCACACACCUCCUACUACUUAUUAUUAUCAUCAUUAUUAUUAUUAUCUUUAUUAUUAUUCUAUGACGUUUUCUUCCCUAUUUAUUUUUUGUCAUUCCAUCGUCCGCUCGCCGGGUCAGGGUCGCCACUCACCUCCGCCUCAUACACACCCAACAACAAGUCACUAUCAUGGUCAGUUCCACCUCAGGCGAUGACAAAUAAGAAGAAACUCAAGUAAAACAAUGAUCUUGCCGUCGAUGGAUAUCUGAACAGACUGAAGAAGAAUUAACAGACAGAGGAUGAGACUAAGAGGACUGAAACUUUUGCCUCAGAGUAAGAAUAACAGACUGAACAGACUAUAGAAGGAGAAAGACCAGACAGAGAACAAAACUAAAGGAAUGAAGAUUUUACUAAUAUACCAUUUUGAGAGACUGAACAGACUAGAAAAAGAAUUACCAGACAAAUAAAUACUAGAGAAAUUUAACUUUUGUCAUAGAGGACGAAAAGAAGAAAGACCAGACAGAACAAACACCAAAGCAAUGAAGAUUUUACCAAUACACCAUUUUGAGAGACUUUGAACAGACUAGAAAAAGAAUUACCAGACAAAUGAAUACUAGAGAAAUUUAACUUUUGUCGUAGAAGAAGAGAAGAAGAAAUACCAGACAGAAAAAACACUUAAGGAAUGAAGACUUUACCAACAGACCAUUUUGAGAGACUUUGAACAGACUAGAAAAAGAAUUACCAGACAAAUCAAUAUUAGAGAAAUAAAGAUUUUGUCAUAGGUGCGUAUUAUGAGUCAAAUCCGAGAAGUUUUGGGUCCCUAUAGAAUUCGGUUUAGGGGUCGAAUCCGAAAACCAUAAACUGAAUUCUGUAGGAACCUGAAACUUCCUGAAUUUGCCUUAUAAUACUGCCCAUAGAGGAAGAACCAUGUCAACAGAUUAUAGAAAGAGCAGAUUGAAUUGACGUUACAGACCAAAGGGAUGAUUUUUUGGGGCCAUAGACAUUUAACAGACCCUGAACAGACAUAUAGAACCAUUCAGACUAUAGAAAGAGCAGAAUAUAUCGACUUUUCAAAACCAUAGACAUUUAACAGACCCUGAACAGACAUAUAGAACCAUUCAGACUAUAGAAAGAGCAGAAUAUAUCGACUUUUCAAGACCAUAGACAUUUAACAGACCCUGAACAGACAUAUAGAACCAUUCAGACUAUAGAAAGAGCAGAAUAUAUCGACUUUUCAAGACCAUAGACAUUUAACAGACCCUGAACAGACAUAUAGAACCAUUCAGACUAUAGAAAGAGCAGAAUAUAUCGACUUUUCAAGACCAUAGACAUUUAACAGACCCUGAACAGACAUAUAGAACCAUUCAUAGUCAGUCCGAAAACCAUCCACACCCCUCCAAGCAUCACCCCGUCUGUCUGUCUGUGUUCGGUUCUGGCAGGGAUGUUGUUGUGUUGUUCCUGGUGUGUUAAUAUGCAUUACUUACCUCAGUGUGUGUGUGUACGUAUAUGUGUGUGUGUGUGUGUGUGUGUGUGUGUAGGGUAGGUUCCGAUGCCUCCCCUGUGCCCCCCCCCCCCAUUUAAAUAGAAGGAUUAGCCCAUUACAUAUGUAGGCUACUCGAUCCCCCCAUACACACACCUGCCUAUUAUUAUUAUUAUUAUUAUUAUUAUUAUUAUUUGGACGAGGUUUUAUUUCACUGCCUUUGUUAAUGAAUGCGAAAAUCCUUGUUUACGAUGAUUAACGUUUUCUUCUUCUCAUUCUUCUUCUUCUUCUUCUUUUUUAUUAUUAUUAUUUGGACAAGGUUGCAUUUUGUUUCCUUCGUUUAUGAAUGCGAAAUCUUGUGUUUACAAUGAUGUAGGCUUUUUUAUUAUUAUUAUUAUUAUUAUUAUUAUUAUUAUUAUUAUUAUUAUUAUUAUUAUUAUUAUUAUUAUAUCAUCAUUUAGGUCUGCUUCCCUCCUUCUAUCUUAAACACAUACAAAGAAACUAUAGGCAGAAGACUGAAGCUACUAUUACUAUUACUACUACUAUUAUUAUUUUUAUUAUUACUAUCAUUAUCUUACUAUUGCCCUCAUCAUCCUUACUAUUAUCAUCACAAAACAUAUAGCUGUGUAACAUGUAGGCGUUCGUUCGUACGUUCGUUCUUAGUCGCCGGAGAGUGAGUCAGGAGUCAGAGAGUCAAGGCAUUUAAUCGCCAAGCCGGACAAGCCAGAACACCGGACAACCCAGGACGCCGGACAAGCCAGGAUACCGGACAAGCUACAACAACCUCACCAUCAGACAGUCUUCUUCCCUUUGUGUUCCUUUACUAAGAGCUGUGGUAGAGGAAAGUGUGGCCAUCCUCUUGUUUUAUUUAUUUAGUUAUUUUAUUUUUUUAUGUUUCGACCCAUAGCGCCAGUAGGCUUUCUUGACGGAGCCAGAUGGUCGGCCCCAGUCUGUUGUGGUGCAGGCAGGUGUUUAUAGUGGCGCCAUCUUGCUUGGCUCAUGCUGCCCCCCGGAGCUCAUCUUUGAUCCUCUUUAGAAAGAAUCCAGAAUCCUGCACCUUGGGAGGGGAUAUCCAGCAUACCAAUACCACAUGGGAAACACUUCACUAUCCACCACAGAGGCAGAGAAAGAUCUGGGAGUAUGUGUUACCAGGCUACCAGUGAAGGGAUAUCCAGCAUACCAAUACUACAUGGGAAACACUUCACUAUCCACCACAGAGGCAGAGAAAGACCUGGGAGUGUGUGUUACCAGGCUACCAGUGAAGGCCAAAUCUGUGCCAAUCGCAGUGGAUGGGCUAAUCUACCACUUGGUGAUAGUUGAAAAUUGUCAGCAUGCAUCAGUGGGACCUGAACCUGGGUCCUCGGGCUCACCACACCCACAUGGUAACCACUCAGCCACCGCCUCCCCACUUGGUAUCAUCACGGCGCCAGUGCUGAAGGUUGCCACACUCUCUUAUUCAAUGGCUUUCACUUUACUUAGCCCUGCAGGAAGGUCUCAGGAGGACACUCAACCCCCGAGGAAGUUGCCCGUCUCUGUGCUAGUGUUGGGAUCAAGUUAUCGGUGUCCAAGGAAGGUUAAGAACAUGUCUGUGAUGUAGGGCGUACCUCAGACAUGAGGCUACCGACUGCUGUGAUGGUGUGACGUAUCGAGAGAGUGUGUGACGUAAGAACUUCGUCUCGGGUACUGUAUGUAUGGAAGUUUAUGGUUUGUUUCGAAGGUUUGAGUCUUCACGAGGAAGGCUUCACUUAAUUCUUGCUCUUUGCUGUAAUUUUUUUUGUUUUGUUUAUCCUAAGUUCAUUACGAGGUAGCUGUCAUUUAAUUCUUGUCCUUCCUUAGUGCAUAUGAUCGAGUAUUUCUUAGUUUCAUUUUUAGUUCACCUUAACCCGGUAGCAGCGACGGGCCAAAUUUGUGGCUUUACCGUGCAGCAGCGAUGGGCCAAAUUUUUGUCUUAAUAUAAACCCCCCAAAAAUAGAUGACGCAUAAACUGAUCAUAAAUGCGUUUGAUACAUAUUAUGAAAUGGUUUGUGUGAGUGAUGAUUUUUUUCUCAUUUUUCUCGCUUAGAGGGACCUUUAAAAACAUGAUCCCCGCAGUUACCGGGUUAAGGGAGCCAUCACUGGUACCAUGCUCAUCUUGCAUUCAUAUGAGAGUCUGGAUGGUGCCAAGAUGUCUCUGUUUGAAUGUAUAACUUGAUUUUUCUGUCGCAAAUUUACUUACCUUAAUCUCCAGAGGCAAUUCAAUUUUAGUUCACCUUAAGGGAGCCAUCACUGGUACCAUGUUCAUCUUGCAUUCGUACGAGAGUCUGGAUGGUGCCAAGAUGUCUCUGUUUGAAUGUGUAACUUGAUUUUUCUGUCGCAAAUUUACUUACCUUAAUCUCCAGAGCCAGUUCACCUGGUUCAGCUUAUGCUUAUUAUUGUCUAGUUUUUACACCACUCCAUUUUCUGUUCCUUCUCGUUUCCCUUCCCCUGGUGUUCCGUUCCACCCUUCCUUGGUUUUUCGAUAACAUGCAAACACACAUUUUUACGACUUGUGUUGGAAGGAAGGAUGGAAGGCUGUUUGUGACUUCCUUCCCUCAGUUUUCAAUUCUCUAUUUUCUGUUCUUUCUUGUUUCCCUUCCCCCGGUGUUCCAUUCCACUCUUCCUCGGUUUUUCGAUAACAUGCAAACACACAUUUUUACGAGGCUGUUUAACUUCUGUUCUGAGACGACUUGUGUUGGAAGGAAGGAUGGAAGGCUUUGUGUGACUUCCUUCCCUCAGUUUUCAAUUCCACUCUUGCUAAGUUUUGUAGAUUCAGUAAUAUUUCUCUUACAGUUCCCUUCCACACCUUGUUUCCUCUCUUCAUUAGGUUCUUACAAAUUCUAAGUCUAGUGUAACGUGGGUAGGGUGAGUAAUUCCUUGUUUUUUUAGUACCGUGGAAACACACAUCUUUACGAGGCUGUUAACUUAAGCUCCGAGGCGAAUCGUAUGUGUCAGGAAGGACGGAAGACUGGCAGUGUGUGUGGCGAAGGGUUCACAGCGUGCAGAGAAUUUCAUAACCAUUUAUUUUUCCCCUUACGUAAGAAUGAACUCUUAUCUCGGUAAUAUUUCACUCUUACAGUCGCCUUCCACACAUUGUUUUCUCCCUUCAUUAGGUUCUUAAAAGUUCUAAGUCUAGUGUAACAUGGGUGGGGCUAGUAUUGCCUCUCCUUUUUUCUUUUCCUUGUUUUUUUAGUACCGUGGAAACACACAUCUUUACGAGGCUGUUAAACUUAAGCUCCAAGGCGAAUCGUGUGUGUCAGAGAGGACGGAAGACUGGCAGUGCGUGUCGCGAAGGGUUCACAGCGCGCAGAGAAUUUCACAACCAUUUAUUUUUCCCCCUUACGUAAGAAUGAACUUUUAUCGUUAACUUGGCAGGACACUUGAACUACGGACGUGUAUUAUGUACCUUUAAUUAAGAGAUUGUUAUAGAAGUGAGGAUAAUAAACUGACAAGUGUA